ACGCGUAUCUCCGCGCCGUCUGCUAUAAAAUCCCGCAGCUCCGCCUCCCUUCUGCUCUACCCGCUUCUAACAAACGCACACACUCCCUCUCGCUCUCGCGGCGCAGGUCGGAGGCUAAAACCCUAGAGACAGGCGACUAUGACGGCGCCGGCGGACAAGGGGAAGAAGGCCAAGACCGAUACCGACGUCGGCGAGGAGAACGAGCAGAUCGACGGUGCCCUCGUCCUCUCCAUCGAGAGGCUCCAGGAGAUCCAGGACGAGCUCGAGAAGGUUAAUGAAGAAGCAAGUGAUAAGGUUUUGGAGGUUGAGCAGAAGUACAGUGAGAUUCGCAGACCUGUCUAUCUUCGGAGGUGUGACAUCAUCAAAACAAUUCCAGACUUUUGGCUGACAGCGUUUCUAAGUCAUCCUCUUCUCAGUGAGCUUUUGACUGAAGAGGAUCAAAAGAUGUUCAAGUACUUGGAAUCUGUUGAUGUUGAUGACUCUAAAGAUGUCAAGUCAGGCUACUCCAUCACUCUUAACUUCUCUGAGAAUCCGUACUUUGAAGACAGAAAGCUUACCAAGUCAUAUGCCUUUGCUGAUGAUGGAACAACCACAAUAAAUGCCACUUCCAUUAAGUGGAAGGAGGGAAUGGAAAUUAAUGGGAAUGCCAUUAAGAAGAAAGGAAGCAAGCGUCCAUUGGUUGAAGAAAGUUUCUUCACCUGGUUCACUGAUACAGAGCACAAGAGCCUUGCUGAUGGGGUGCAAGAUGAGGUGGCAGAGAUCAUCAAAGAAGAUUUGUGGCCGAACCCAUUGAAAUAUUUCAACAAUGAGGUUGAAGAGUUUGAAGGAGAUGACGAGGAUGAAGAGGGAUCUGAUGGGGAGGAUGCUGAGGAGGAUGAGGACGAGGAGAACUGAGGCCUUGGUUGGCUUUGGUGGGUCCUGAUGAAUCGUUGUCUGCAGAGGCUGUGGGUAUCUGAAGGGUGUAGUCAUGUGACCCUUUCGAGACUGUUUUGUUUUGUGUUUGACUUAGCUGGAACUUAGCCUUAGGAGCUGUUGAAUGCGUUAUCGAGUACGUACUGUCGUAUUUUCGACUUAAAGGAGACCUCUAUAUAUCAUAAUCUGGCGAUAUCUAUGACAACAAUUUAACUUGCUGA